AAAGGUUUGUCCAUCGCGUAAGGCUUACGUAAUUACAUCUUACCACUAUUACAUAAAAUAAUCAUACGUUACAUUGCAUAAUAAGUAAUGACGAUUAUAUUUACCUAAUGCGACCUCAAGUUAGUGAGGGUAUUGUCGGAAUUCCCAAUUGUGAAAGGAAAGGUUAGUUAGUAACGACAAUCAACUGGAGCUAGUACUGUGACAACUGGCGCUCACUAUGAAGUAUGAACCACUCGACUUCUGUACUCCCUUGGAUAUAAAAGGUGUGUUCUUUUACCCGGUUUCUUGAUUGCCUCAGCUCUCACCUUUAGUAAAGCACUACUGACUGAAAGUCUGGUUAAGACUUUUUCUGUAGCCUCAACUUCAGCAUUCCUCUGAUUGUCUCUCAGAGGCCCCAAAAUCCAGAGCAGGAGUAAGAGCUUCCACCUGGGAAGCAAAACCAUCAAUGGGCGACCACUACUCAUGGCAAGCGGAUUUCGAUUAUCACCAUGUCUGGCCAGAACUGGCAUUUGGGUGGCGAGUAGUGGCGGGGACGGCCAUCGGAUUCUUGGGAGCAGCUUUCGGGAGUGUCGGCGGCGUUGGUGGCGGCGGGAUAUUCGUUCCCAUGCUCACUCUCAUCAUUGGGUUCGAUCCAAAAUCAUCAACCGCCAUCUCUAAGUGCAUGAUCACUGGCGCUGCAAUUUCAACUGUGUUCUACAAUCUCAAGCUGAGACACCCGACUCUGGAUCUUCCCAUCGUGGAGUACGAUCUGGUGCUUCUGAUCCAACCCGUGUUGCUGUUGGGGAUCAGUAUUGGAGUCACUUUCAACGUUGUCUUCCCCGAUUGGUUGGUCACAGUUCUUCUCAUCAUUCUCCUCUUAGCAACGGCGGGAAGGGCAUACUUCAAGGGUCUUGAUCUCUGGAACAAGGAAGCUGCUGCCAAGUGUUUGGAACCAGCAGCUGAUGGUGGUGGGGAGGUGGGAGAAUACAAGCCGCUUCUAGGCGGGCCAAGCCAAGGAGCGACGACGGGCAAUGUUUCUUCUCCCCAGAAGCGAGAGGUUACUGUUAUCAACAACAUUCGGUGGAAGGAACUCGGACUUCUGACUUUAGUCUGGGUGGCCUACGUCACCUUGCAGAUCUCCAAGAACUACACAGCCAUUUGUUCGAUGGAGUACUGGGUGCUGAACUUGCUCCAGAUCCCAGUCUCGGCCAGUGUGUUUCUGUACCAGGCAAUUAGCCUGUACAAAGGGACAAAGAAGAUAGCAUCCAUGGGUGAAGAAGCUAGGAACUUGAAGCUAAAGCAACUGACUUUAUUCUCCAUCUGUGGGUUGUUUGCUGGAAUUGUUGGUGGGCUUCUUGGAUUAGGUGGUGGAUUUGUGAUGGGCCCUCUGUUUCUUGAACUGGGAAUUCCUCCUCAGGUUGUUAGUGCCACAGCAACUUUGGGAAUGGCCUUCUCAGCAUCCAUGUCUGUGGUGGAAUACUACCUUCUCCAUCGCUUCCCUGUUCAAACGCCCUGUACCUUGUUGGAGUGUCCAUUUUGGCUGCCUAUAUUGGGCAGCACUUAAUCAGCGCAGUUGUGGGAUGGACAGGCAGGGCAUCGCUCAUCAUAUUCGUGCUCUCCUUUACAAUCUUCGUCAGUGCAAUAUCACUAGGUGGAGUUGGGAUCACAAACCUGGUAGAGAAGAUAAAUAAAGGAGAAUACAUGGGUUUUGAGAAUCUCUGUUUGUAUCGGCCAUAGAGAAUCCCUGUUUCUCGAGACUUGUGGGACAAGUCUCACUACGGAGUGUUCAUUCUUAUGUUUAUGGGUCUUUGGGAUUCAUAUUUCCUGGUAGACCCAACCAAAACUUUUGAGUGUGUGAUUGUAUUUCAUUCGGUGUCUGAAAUGUCAAAUACCAAGUUGUCAUUAUGAUGUAGAGUUGGGUUUCUAUGUGGUGUGGAAUGGUUAAAAUAUGUGUUUGUAAGUUUGUAAAAGUGAAAUUUCAUAACAUAAAGAAUGAUGCUUUGAAGCUGUAACAAAUAUGUCCAUUCUUAUUUUGUUUAUUAUAUAUAGGAAGGUGGUAAAAAUAUAAUUUAUAGAUGUAUAUUACUAAAAACAAAAAUUAUGUACAUUAAUAAUUUUCACAAAGGUAAAAUUACUAAUUUAUGUUAUUUUGUUGUACUCGAUGUCCAUCAUACUUAACACAUUGUAGAAUACAUGGAUUAUAUUUUAUACGCAGCCGAACUCAUAUGUAGCCUAGUUGAUGACUGCUUUGAAAAUGACGAUUGAAUGUAAGAAAACAUGGAGUCGUUUGAAUGAAUCAAUUGUAUAAUG